UGUUACGUACUACGUAAUUCAGUGAACUCACUGUUUGUGGUGCAUUCUUCUAAGUAGUCCGAAACUGAUUAUUUUUACUUGUCAUUAAAAAUGGAGUUUCCAAGUGAAAUUUAAGAAGUUAUACCAAAUAUAAAUAAGAUUGGAAGCAGAAUGGAUUCCGAAUUAACAUGCGAGUAUCAAAACGCGUACAAUAUACAGGUUCUUAAAUAUGACAAGCUAGUACAGAGAUCUUUGAAUCGAGUUGCAGUAGUCAACGGAUUAUUGAAAUCUAAGUUACUAACGAUAGAGACUCGUGAAAGAUUGGAAGGAGAAAUGCGAGAGAUUCAACGUAUCCUUAUGAUUAACAAGCAACAAUUAGAUCGUUUGCGAAGGAAAGACAGAGGACUAUUUAGUACGACAAUUUUCCUAUUUUUAUUUUGCUUUUUGACUUACGUCUCGUAUUAUAUUUUUACUAUUGAUUUUUCUAAAGUUUUUGCAUAUGCAAUGUAAGAAAAUGUAUGAACCAAAGCUGUAUUAUGUGUUUCAGUAUUAUAAAUAAUUUUUAUAUCAUUUAACUAUUUUUCUAUCGUAGAAUUAUAUUGAUUUUUUCAUUAAUAA